UUUUCCCGCGGGUCUCGUGAGUUUGGUCGGAAAUGAGCGGCGAGAGUUGAAGCGCGAGACACGGAAGAUAAACAGCACUAAAAUGAACUAAAUCCGGAAAUCUGAGCAUUAAACGAAUAAAAGGAUAUACAAACAUUAAAGAAUGAAAGAGUCAUUCUGUGGAGAUUUAAAAUACCUGUUUAGACUGAGGGACGACCGUCUAUGAUUGACAGGCGUUAUGUGGUGGUUUCAGGAGGGUUUGUGUGUCUUACCUGCGGCGCUGGUCAUCUGGACCGCCGCCACCUUCAUCUUCGCUUAUAUCACGGCCGUCAUCCUGAGACACGUGGACCCGCUGGUGCCCUACAUCAGUGACACGGGGACGGUCGCGCCGGAGAGAUGCGUGUUUGGGCUCAUGCUGAAUGUGUCUGCGUUUUUAGGUGUCGCUACUAUGUACGUGCGGUAUAAGCAGCUUCAUGACCUCGUGGGCGUAAACGACCCUCGUCUGAACCGCCUCAAUCUGACGGGGUUCGUUCUGGGAUGCGCGAGCUCGCUCGGCAUGUGCGUCGUCGCGAACUUCCAGAAAACCACUCUGUUUGCGAUGCAUCUGGUGGGCGCCAUCCUGACGUUCGGCGUGGGCGCUCUGUACAUCCUGGUCCAGACGCUGCUGUCGCACCUCAUGCAGCCGCACAUCCACAGCAAAACCAUGUUCUGGACGCGGCUGAGCCUCUGCGUCUGGACCUUCGCCAGCAUCAUCUGCAUGUUCGUGUCGUCGGUCAUCAUGUACAUCACUCUGUCAGGAACCGAGGUCAACCAGAAGCUGCACUGGACGCCUGGAGAACCGGGUUUCACGCCGCACAUCAUCAGCACCAUCUCCGAAUGGUCUCUCGCGCUGUCCUUCAUCAGCUUCUUCCUCACCUACAUACGAGACUUCAAGAAGAUCAACCUGCGAGCGGAGGCGGAGCUCCAGAGCGAACACCUGUACGAUUCGCACCACUCCCGUCCCACGGAGACGUCUCCGCUGCUCGCCGGCACCAUCUGACGAGGAGCAGACGCUCCAGACGAGGCGAAGAGACUGCGAAGCUCCAGCGGAGGGCAGCAACACUCAGGGUCACAGGCAGAAACACCACCGACUGCGUACAGCGCUGGAAACUUCAUACUAACAUUUAGACAACGUUUGUACAACGUUCACACAACCUUCUCAAAUUAUGCUCUAACUAUUGCGUUUGCUUCAGUGAUUUUAAUCUAAUACAGCAGGGGCCUGUUUCAUAAAACAAGUUUACCAAAUAAGCCAGGUUUAUUUCAGUUAGUCUGACUUGUUGAUUUGGUUCUUAAUAAGUCAGGCUAACUGAAAUAAAUAGUGCUGUCAAUCGAUUAAUCGCAUCCAAAAUAAGGGUUUUCGUUUAUAUAUGCAUGUGUACUGUGUAUUUUUAUUAUAUAUAUAUAAAUAAUCACGCGUACAUAUUUUGAAAAUAUUUACAUGUUUAUACAUUCAUAUAUUAAUAUUCUUAUAUUUUAUAUAUACAAUUUUUCUUAAACAUAUACAUGCAUGUGUUUGUAUUUAUAUAUAUAUAUAUAUAUAUACAAAUUUUAUAUAUACUUUUAUUUUGGAUGCCAUUAAUCGUUUGACAGCACUAGAAAUAAGUCUGGCUUAUUUGGUAAACUUGUUUUAUGAAACAGGCCCCAGGUAUGUUACACAUAAGUAAGUUACAACAUGUUGUAAGUGUGUUGGACAAGUUUCAUGGUCUGUUCUAGAAAUUUGCAUUGUUUUAUACUAUUGUAAACACACCUAACUUCUCUGAUUAUGUUAUUAAAGUUGUUUAUUAGUGGGUGAGUUUUAUGCAAGAAGGACAUUUCUGGCUCAUGUUUCAUCAGGAAAAAAUACAAUAAAAUUCCCAUUUAAAAAAAAUAAAUAAAAUGUAUUAAAAAAAUACUAUUAAUUAAAACCCAUAAUAAAAAAAAAUGCUUUAAAUAAAAUUUUAUUUAAAAAAUAUUUUUAUGGAUUUUAAUUAAUAUAAAUUUUUUUUAAAGGUGAUUGCAUGUUAUACUACAUAUAAUGAUUGCAAUACUACACUAAAUGAGAAUCGCCACUGAAAACAAUGAUGAAUACACAAACAGUAAACAGCCACAAUAAUGAAAAUUACACUAAAGCUGUAUAAUUCUAAUUUUAGCUUUAAUAAGGUCAAAUAUGAGCUGGACGUGUUCCUGUUUCAAAUCACUCACUGAACUCUCAAACAAACACGUAUCAGUUCACUUUAUAUUUUAUUAUGUUAAAACAGCGUACAAAUAAAGAGCAUUAAAUGCUG